AAUUUCUUUCUUUUUUUUUCUUCUUUUGUUUUUUCUUGCACGCAGCAACCGUCUCUCUUGAGCUCACACUCUUCCUUCCACUACUGAUCGACCCCCUCACUCACUGCGCUCUCUCUCUAAGUUUUGUGUAUAAAUAUGUACUACACGUCGUUGGCUUCGUCAUCUACGGUUGCGGUUACACGCGCGGCAGUGGAGGUUAGGAUGGUGCUGACGAUGAUGAGGCUGGUGGUGGCGGUGGCGGUGGUGGUUGUGGCGGCGGUGGCGGAGGAGGAGGUGGAGGUGAGGGCGACGUACAUCGUACACAUGGCGAAGUCGGCGAUGCCGGCGGAGUACGGCGAUGACCACGGGGAGUGGUACGGCGCGUCGCUGCGGUCGGUGUCCGGCCGCGGGAAGAUGCUGUACGCGUACGACACCGUGCUGCACGGCUUCUCCGCGCGGCUCACCGAGCGGGAGGCGCGGGACAUGGUGGGCAUGGACGGCGUGCUCGCCGUCAACCCGGAGGAGAGGUACGACCUGCACACCACGCGGACGCCAGAGUUCCUGGGGAUCGCCGGGAACGACGGGCUGUUCCCGCAGUCCGGCACGGCGGGGGACGUCGUCGUCGGGGUGCUUGACACCGGGGUGUGGCCGGAGAGCAGGAGCUACGACGACGCCGGGAUCGGCGAGGUGCCGGCCGGGUGGAAGGGGGAGUGCAUGGCCGGGACGGGGUUCAACUCCUCCGCCUGCAACCGGAAGCUCGUCGGCGCGCGCUUCUUCAACCGCGGGUACGAGGCGGCGAUGGGGCCCAUGGACACCACGAGGGAGUCGAGGUCCCCGCGCGACGACGACGGCCACGGCACGCACACCUCGUCCACGGCCGCCGGCGCCGCUGUCUCCGACGCCAGCCUGUUCGGGUUCGCGUCCGGCACGGCGCGGGGCAUGGCGCCCAAGGCGCGCGUCGCCGUGUACAAGGUGUGCUGGCUCGGAGGAUGCUUCAGCUCCGACAUCCUCGCCGGGAUGGACGCCGCCGUCGCGGACGGAUGCGGCGUGCUCUCGCUCUCCCUUGGCGGCGGCGCCGCCGACUACGCGCGUGACAGCGUCGCGAUUGGCGCGUUCGCCGCCAUGGAGCAGAACGUCCUGGUGUCCUGCUCCGCCGGCAACGCCGGACCCGGCACCUCCACGCUCUCCAACGUGGCGCCGUGGAUCACCACCGUCGGCGCCGGCACCCUCGACCGCGACUUCCCGGCGUACGUCUCGCUUGGCAACGGCAAGAACUACACCGGUGUCUCGCUCUACGCCGGGAAGCCCCUCCCCGCCACCCCACUUCCCAUCGUCUACGCUGCCAACGCCUCCAACUCCACGGCCGGCAACCUCUGCAUGCCAGGGACCCUCACGCCGGAGAAGGUGGCCGGCAAGAUCGUCGUCUGCGACCGCGGCGUCAGCGCGCGAGUCCAGAAGGGCUUCGUCGUGCGCGACGCCGGCGGCGCGGGCAUGGUGCUCUCCAACACAGCCGCCAACGGCCAGGAGCUCGUCGCCGACGCGCACCUCCUCCCGGCCGCCGGCGUGGGCGCGAAGGAGGGCAACGCGAUAAAGGCGUACGUGGCAUCCGACCCCAACCCCACGGCCACCAUAGUGGUCGCCGGGACGCAGGUGGACGUGCGGCCGUCGCCGGUGGUGGCCGCGUUCUCGUCGCGCGGGCCGAACAUGCUGACACCGGAGAUCCUCAAGCCGGACGUCAUCGCGCCGGGGGUGAACAUCCUCGCGGCGUGGACCGGCAAGGCCGGGCCGACGGGGCUCGCCACCGACACGCGCCGCGUCUCCUUCAACAUCAUCUCCGGCACGUCCAUGUCGUGCCCGCACGUGAGCGGCCUCGCCGCGCUGCUCAGGAGCGCGCACCCGGAGUGGAGCCCCGCCGCCGUGCGGUCGGCGCUCAUGACCACCGCCUACUCCACCUACACCGGCGACUCCGGCACCCUCCUCGACGCGGCGACCGGCGCGCCCGCCACGCCGUUCGACUACGGCGCCGGCCACGUCGACCCGGCCCGCGCCGUCGACCCGGGCCUCGUCUACGACCUCGGCACCACCGACUACGUCGACUUCCUCUGCUCUCUCAACUACACGUCCACCAUGAUCGCCGCCGUCGCGCGGAGCAAGAGCUACGGCUGCUCGGAGAACAAGACGUACUCCGUGUACAGCCUCAACUACCCGUCCUUCUCGGUGGCCUACUCCACGGCGAACGGCGGCCAGGCGGCGGGCAGCUCCGGCGCGACGACGACGGUGACGCACAGGCGCACCCUCACCAAUGUCGGCCCUGCCGGCACGUACAAGGUGAGCACGGACGCCAUGUCCGGCGUGACCGUGUCCGUCCAGCCGGCCGAGCUGGCGUUCUCAUCGGCCGGCGAGAAGAAGAGCUACACGGUGAGCUUCACGGCGAGGUCGCAGCCGUCGGGCACCGCCGGAUUCGGGCGGCUCGUCUGGUCGGACGGCGGCAAGCACACCGUGGCGAGCCCGAUAGCGUUUACGUGGACAUGAUGCGCGCCAACAAGUCAACAGUGAUGACCACACACACUGCCACGGUCAAAAGGGCUCUAGUGCACAAACUUGUGGAGGAAACUUGGGGGCCUCUAAAAUUUGGUGGAAAUUUGAAGGGGGGUUAAAAAAUUUGGUGGUAUUUUCAAGUGUUCAUAAUGUUAUUAAUCUUAAAGUUUA